CAUGAAUUCAGUCUUUUUCAGUCCGGAAGUAAAUGGAAUUCAAAUCCGCCUUCAUUUAAUUUCUCUUUGUUCCUGAUUUUUUUUUAAUUAUCGCUUGAAUCUAUUUUUUUCUGUUCUUUAAUGGAGGAGCCUGAGAAAAUCAAUGGGAAGAACAAGUUGUCUUCUAUUCCGUCAAAUUAUGUAACUCUCCUUCAACUGCAAGAACGAUGGAAUAAAGAGAAAGAACAAAAGCAGAAAGGAAAGGAAGAGGAAGCAGAACCUCAACAGCAAGAGCAAAAGGAAACAAUUUUUGAAGAGCGAGUUGAUGACGAGGUUUCUGGAAGAGCAGACCGUAAAAAAGGGCGUUUUCCUCGAUUAAAUCGGGAUCAUGGGAAGCGUGUUGCGGAAGGGAAGCCCAAUGAUGAGAUAGUCGUGGCGUAUGAGGAUUCCGACACAGAGAAGAAAGGCGAGGAAUUGAAGAAAAAGAAGAAGAACUGGAGAAAAAAGAAAAGGAACGGGAUGAAAGAGAAAGCUAGGGCAGCUAACGAGGGGGAGGAAGUGAAGGGACGUGCUGGUAACGCGCUGCUGCCUACGAGUGUGGAGAUUAAUGAAAGAGAGGAGGAACUGAUCGAUGAUGAAACUCACGCUCCGAAGCUGGCGAGUGCUGAGGAAGUAAAUGUUGACGCGAGAAGGGAGCCACGACCGAGGAUCAUCCGUAGAACCUAUUGCCCUAAGUCGGAGAUUGGACGGAAGUUUCGGGCAAUGUCGAUGGAUUGCGAGAUUAUCACAGGGGUCCACGCUCCGAAGCUGGCGAGUGUCAAGGAAGAGAACUUUGAGGCGAGAAUGGAGUCACAACCAAGGAUUAAUCCGAAAACCCAUGGUCGUACGGCGGAGAUUGGACGGAAAUUAAUGAAAAGGGGUGAGGAGAUUAAUGAAAGGGCGGAGGAACUGAUCGGAAAUGAAGCUCACGCUCCGAAGCUGGAGAGUGCUGAGGAAGUAAAUGUUGACGACGCGAGAAGGGAGCCACUACCGAGGAUCACCCGUAGAACCCAUGGCCCUAAGGCGGAGAUUGGACGGAAGUUUCAAGCAAUGUCGAUGGAAGGCGAGAUUACAACAGGGGUCCAUGCUCCGAAGCUGGCGAGUGUCGAGGAAGAGAAGGUUGAGGCGAAAAUGGAAUCACAACCGAGGAUCAUUCCGAAAACACAUGGCCAUACGUCGGAGAUUGGACGGAAAUUCCAGGCGAUGUCAAUGAAGGGUGAGAUCAGAAGAGGGUAUUAUCGUAGAUAUGGUAGGCAAAACGUUGAUUUCAACCACCGUCGGCGCAAUCCGGAGCUGAAUAGGACAUAUUAUGGAGAAUUUAGUAGGCGUAGAGAGCUGAAUCAGGGAAAUGAAGUGAUGGUUUGGGUUAAGAAAGGGGAAGUUAAAGAUCAAAACGUCAGUGGAAUUAAAAUCUCGAGUUGGUAAUCAAGGAAGUAGAUUGAUGGAAUUUCAAUCUCUUGUCUGUUUUUUCAUUCCUGAUGAAUUGCAAGGUUCUUUCGUUCCUA